UCCUCACACACCGACAGCCGAACCUCCACCAGGACGGAGAAAUGAGCUCGUCCUCCGCCGUUCACAUCGCACUAACGUGAGCGUGUCACGGCUCUAUUUUAACGGACACUCAGCAGAAGACGACCCGCACCGGUCGGUGGUGAUAGGUACCCUCCUCCUCCUCCUCCUCCUCCUCCUCCAGCUCGGUGUCGGACCGUCCCAGCCGCAGCACCGGACGGACCAUGGCGGAGAGAAGCGGCCGGCUGAGCUUCGCCGGCAGCGGGGCUCUCAACAGACCGGUACCCAUGAACCUGUUCGCCACCUGGGAGAUAGAUGGAUCCUCUCCGAACUGCAUCCCCAGAUUGUGCAGUCUGACCCUGAAGAAGCUGGUUGUGAUGAGGGAACUCGAUAAAGAGCUCAUCUCUGUGGUGAUAGCGGUUAAAAUCCAGGGCUCCAAACGUGUCUUGAGGUCCCAUGAGAUAGUGCUGCCACCCAGUGGGUCUGUGGAGACGGAUCUGGCUCUCACCUUCUCUCUGCAGUACCCUCACUUCUUAAAACGAGAAGGAAACAAGCUGCAGAUCAUGCUGCAGAGGCGGAAGAGAUACAAGAACCGAACUAUCCUGGGCUACAAGACUCUGGCGGUGGGAUCCAUCGAUAUGGCCGAGGUGAUGCAGCACCCGACAGAGGGAGGUCAGGUUCUUCCUCUGUGCAGCAACCAGAAGGAGCUGCUGGGGAAGGUGGCCGAGAUCUGGAUCUUCUCCCUGUCCAGUCAGCCAAUAGACCACGAGGACGCGGCCCUGCAGGGAGGACAGAAGAUCAAAUGCUCCGAUAACUACUCAGAGGAAGAGUAUGAGAGCUUCUCCUCAGAGCAGGAGGCCAGCGACGAUGCCGUCCAGGUACAGGAUCUGGAGGAUGACGAGUACGAUGUGAGGAAGCCAAAGAAGCAGAGGAGGUCUAUUGUGAGGACGCCUUCCAUCACCAGACAGCAGAACUUUAAGCAGCGCGUGGUGGCUCUCCUGAAGCGCUUCAGAGUCUCAGACGAGGUGCUGGACUCGGAGCAGGACCCUGCAGAGCCGCCCCCUGAGGUGGAAGAGGAGGACCUGGACCUGGACAGCGUAGAGUUUGAGAACCCGAGCGACAGCGGCCCGGAGCUGGAUGACGACGACAGCGUCCUCAGCACACCAAAACCCAAACUCAAGCCAUAUUUCGAGGGUCUCUCCCUCUCCAGCUCUCAAACUGAGAUCGGCAGCAUCCACAGCAUCCGGAGCCACCGAGAGCCUCCGAGCCCGAUUGACCCAGAUAAAACCAAGAGCGGAGGGGCCAAAUUUCCAGAUGACGGUGUGUCUGAUAACGUCUCCUAUGAGCAGCCAGAGGCGGUGACUCCGACCACGGAGCUGGAGAUGGACAACAUGGACACGUUUCUAGAGAGACUGCCACCGAGUGGCAAAAUGACCAAGACAGAGUCCCUCAUCAUCUCAUCCAACAGGCAGGAACCGAAGUUGGCAGGGAGGCGAGGAAGGAGCACGUCACUGAAGGAGCGCCAGCCCAGCAGGCCGCAGAACGAGAGGGCCAACAGCCUGGACAACGGACGGUCCCUGGACACGCGCUGCCACCUACAGAUCCCAAGAAAGACGGUGUACGACCAACUGAACCACAUCCUGGUGUCUGAUACCCAGCUCCCUGACAGCAUCAUCCUCAUCAACACGUCAGACUGGCAGGGCCAGUAUCUUUCAGAUAUGCUGCAAAACCACCAUCUACCAGUGGUCUGCACCUGCACCACGGCCGACAUCCAGGCUGCAUUCAACACCAUCGUGUCCCGCAUACAGAGAUUUUGCAACUGUAACUCCCAGACGCCCAUUCCCAUAAAGAUCGCCGUGGCCGGAGCGCAGCACUACCUCAGCGCUGUUCUGAGGCUUUUUGUGGACCACCUUUCCCAUAAGACGCCAGACUGGCUCGGCUACAUGAGGUUCCUCAUCAUCCCUCUAGGUGCACAUCCUGUCUCCAAAUAUCUCGGCACUAUUGACUAUCGGUACAACAGUUUGUUCCAGGACGCUGCUUGGAGGGAGCUGUUCCACAAGCCAGAGGCUCCUGUUAUUGCCCAGGAGAACCCAGACGUGGUGUCGAGGGUCACUCAGUACAUGGUGGGAGCUAACGGAGCUCACCAGCUUCCCAUCGCAGAGGCCAUGCUCACCUAUAAACAGAAAAGGAAAAAGAGCUUUCAUUUUGAUUUUGCAGUAAGUCUCUCUGUUUCUUCCCUGGGGGGGCGAUGGCAGGUCUCUUCAAGCCCGGAUGAGGACUCAUGUCAGAAGUUCAUCCCUUUCAUUGGAAUGGUGAAAGUUGGCCUCGUGGAGCAAACAUCUGCAACGUCAGGAGACUCUGAUGACGCAGCACCUCUGGGCUCCUCGCUGCUCUCCUCCACCCCUCCACAAGUAUCCCCCGCCCUCAAAGAGGCGUCGCCCACCCCACCCUCCUCUCCCUCCGUCACCACCAGCUUCUGUGCUUACAGUUCUGUAGGUCCGUCGGAGCUGAUGGGUCUCCAGGUGGACUACUGGGUGGCUCAGACAGAAAGGAAGAAAGACAUGGAGAAGCGGGACUCCUCCUCCAAAAACACUCUGAAGUGCAAUUUCCGCUCGCUGCAGGUCAGCCGGCUGCCACUGGGGGGCGCAGAGCCGAGCACCCAGCCCACCAUGUCCAUGACUGUGGUGACCAAGGAGAAGAAUAAGAAGGUCAUGUUCCUGCCAAAAAAGAGCAAAGACAAGGAGGUGGAGUCGAAGAGUCAAGUGAUCGAGGGCAUCAGCCGGCUCAUCUGCACUGCCAAGCACCAGCAGACCAUGCUGAGAGUACUGAUUGACGGCGUCGAAUGGAACGACGUCAAGUUUUUCCAGCUGGCAGCUCAGUGGUCCUCACACGUCAAACACUUCCCCAUCGGGAUCUUUGGACACACUAAAGGCCCUUACUAGCAGCACCUAAGAGACUGAAACACUGAGGACAGUCCCAUCCUAUCCUCCCUUUCCCCUGUGCCAACAGAUUUUAACCCCUUCCGCCUCCCUACUCCCACCACCCCCUGCACACUUCUUCUGUUCUGCCGUCUUAAUUUAAGCUCCAGCUUCCACCUGUUGCAUUCGUCCUUUUAUUUAAUCUUUUGCUUGUUCUUUUUUUAAUUUUCUAUUUAUGUAAAAAAAAAAACGUCUCGAGGCAAAGCUGCCAAGGGAAAUAUUUCUUUACUCAGCUUUUUAAAAGAAAAGAAAUCCUGCUGAUGUUUUAUAGACUUUUGAGAAAAAAAUGAAUAAAAUAAUAAUUAGACUUCUAAUCUUUAACAUAC